AUGGCGUGGCGCAAGGACACACUAAGGGGAUUCGAGUGCCGACCAAUAACGGACGUUACAUCAAACGAUGUGAUCUGUAAUGGCGGCAUAAACCCCUACAGAACGCCUCUUCCCAAAGACAUCAUCAAUGUCAAAGCUGGAGACAAGCUCACUGCCGAGUGGCACCACACGCUCGAUUCCAAGCCCGAGACGGACAAGUCAGAUCCAAUUGACCCCGGUCAUCUGGGACCCAUCAUGGUCUACCUUGCCAGAGUCGAUGAUGCCUUGUCUACCAAAGUGACGGGACUCAAGUGGUUUAAGAUCUACGAGGAUGGUAUGGAUGCCAAUGGCGAGUGGGCCGUUACAAGACUGUAUAACAACAAGGGCCUGGUAGACUUUGUACUGCCGUCAUGCAUUCCCAGUGGACAGUACCUCCUUCGCGCAGAGCUCAUUGCUCUCCAUGCCGCCUCAAACUACCCCGGUGCUCAACUCUAUAUGGAGUGUGCUCAAAUCAAUGUGACAGGAGGUGGCAGUGCCAGUCCGGCGACUGUCAGCUUUCCAGGUGCAUACAAAGCGACUGACCCGGGGAUUAAGUUUCAACUGUACUGGCCGAUCCCGACCAGCUACACAAUUCCCGGUCCGAGACCAUUCACUUGCUCUGCCAAGAUCAGGUAG